UUUACAUACCAAACCGUACAAUUUGUUGAGAUCGUUGUAAGAAUGUGGACUAAAGAGUGUACAUUUGUAACAACUGCAAUUUUGUGCGUGAUAGUGCAGUGUAAUGUGGUACAUGCCAAAAGGAUACUCUUUAUAGCAAAUUAUCCAGCGUACAGUCAUCAAAUAACUUAUCGUGGUUUAUGCUUAGAAUUGCACAGACGUGGUCACGAAAUUGUGUCAGUGACAACAGAACCUAUAAAAAACUCGUCCUUAACUAAUUAUACAGAAAUUGAUCUCAAAUAUUUUUAUAAUUAUGAUGAUUUUCCUGAACUUAAAAAGGCAUUACCGCAAUAUGAUAGCUUCACCACUGCGAGCCUUAAUUUACAGCUUCUAAAAGUAGAACGAAGCUUUAUAUGGGCUGGAAUGCACGUCUUAAAUCGUGAGGUUUUUAAAAAUCAGGAGAUAAAAAAGUUAUAUGCAGCUGACAGCAAUGAACACUUUGACGCGGUUAUUAUAGCGCAAGGCCCCACAAUUUCGCUGAAUGCUUUCGCGUACAGAUUUAACGCUCCGCUGAUAGGUAUCUCAAGCCUGGACGUAUACAAUCAUUUACGUUAUACGUUUGGAUCCUUGAUUCUCCCAUCGCAUGUUUCCAAUUGGCAAGUCAACACGCCAAUUGAAGAUAACAUAUCAUUUUGGAGGAGACUCGUCAACUUUUGUGAAGUAUGGGCACAGAUAUAUUCUUGGGAAAAUGAACAUGUUGCUAUAGAGGAUGCAAUCGCAAAAGAAUACUUAGGAAAAGAUCUACCGCAUAUCAACGACAUAACGAGAAAUAUGAGCAUAUAUCUCGUAAAUAAACAUCCAGCGUUUCUACAUGGCAGACCCGAACAACCGAAUAUCGUAUACUACAAUGGUUUUCAUAUUGCAAAAGAACCAGCUACUCUGCCAGAAAAUAUAAAACAAUUCCUUGACAACGCGAAGGAAGGAUUUAUUUAUGUUAGUCUUGGAACCAACGUUAAAUGGGAGGAUCUACCAAGCAAUGCGCUUGAAUCUUUCACUGAAGCCUUCUCCGCUUUGCCAUACAAAAUUGUUUGGAAACUUAACCCUGAUCUAUUACCUAAGAAAUAUAAAAAUAUACUGGCGUUGCGAUGGUUCUCUCAGCAAAGCAUUCUCGCUCACCCAAAUAUCAAGCUAUUUAUUUACCAAGGCGGCCUUCAGAGUACUGAAGAAGCUCUUCAUUACGCGGUUCCACUCAUAGGAUUUCCUAUUCUAUGGGAUCAAAUAUAUCAAGUACGAAAUAUAGUAAAAUUAGGUAUUGGAGUUCAUCUUCAGGUUGAUACUCUUUCGAAAGAAAGUAUUGAAGCCUCUGUGCAUGAAGUCAUUAACAACAAGAGAUAUAAAGAUCGAGCAAAACUCGUGAGUAGACUUUAUAGGGAUACACCGUAUAAUAGUCUUCAAAAUGCGAUAGGAUGGAUUGAAUACGUGAUACGUCAAAAUGGGAUGCUUUCCUUGCGAAACAGUCUUGGCGAUGAGCCUUGGUAUCAACGGUAUGACUGGGACAUCAUUGGAUUUUUUGCUAUAGUACUAUUUAUUACAUUCCUUAUUUCUAUAUGGGCAUUACUUCAGAUUUUACGAUUUCAUUUACGAAUAAUAUCGAAACAUUCUUUGCAGUAGUUUUUGUUAUUAGAGUAUAUGUUAAUGUAAUUGUAAUCAAAUAUGCAUUAAUCUCAUGUAUGUUAAUAAUUUCAUUAAAUUAUCUAGAAAUUGUUCUCUUUACGUAUAAUUUUUAAAAUCAUUUUAAAUUAUACUAUUAUAUGAUUUUCAAAUAAAAAUUAUAAUUGAAACAA